AUGUCUAUUAUAAAUGAGACUAAUACUUUUACUUGUGAUGAAAAAACAAAACAAUAUAUUCCAUUAUAUUAUGAAAACAUAAUCUCCAACAAAACUAAUGUUUCUUAUCAUUUUAAUCCCGAAGUUUCUCAAUAUCAUUAUGGUUCAUUACAUCCAAUGAAACCAUUUAGAUUAAUGUUAACUGAUCAUUUAAUGAUUUCUUAUAAAUUAUAUGAAAAAAUGGAUUGUUAUCAACCAAGAAAAGCCACCAAGGAAGAACUACUCCAAUUUCAUUCAGAAGAGUAUAUUAAUUUUUUACAAACUAUAACACCUGAAAAAGUUAAAACAUUAUCUGACCAAGUUUUGGGCAAAUUUAAUAUUGGUGAUGAUUGUCCUAUAUUUGAUGGUAUUUAUGAUUAUUCUUCAAUUUAUACAGGUGCUUCACUCGAUGCAAGUAGGAAAUUAAUUAAUAAUAUGUCCGAUAUUGCAAUUAAUUGGUCUGGAGGUUUACAUCAUGCUAAAAAAUUUGAACCAAGUGGAUUUUGUUACGUUAAUGAUAUAGUCUUAAGUAUUAUUAAUUUAUUAAGAAUUCAUCCAAGAGUAAUGUAUAUCGACAUUGAUUUACAUCAUGGAGAUGGAGUUCAAGAAGCAUUUUAUACAACAGAUAGAGUAAUGACAGUAUCUUUCCAUAAAUAUAAUGGUGAAUUUUUCCCGGGGACUGGAUCAGUAGAUGAAAUAGGUUUGGGGAAUGGUAAAAAUUAUGCUAUAAAUGUUCCAUUACGGGAUGGAAUAGAUGAUGAAAAUUAUAUACGAUUAUUUAAACUGAUUAUGGAACCUUUAAUUACUAAAUUUCAACCAACUUGUAUUGUUCAACAAUGUGGGGCUGAUAGUCUUGGUUAUGAUAGAUUAGGUUGUUUUAAUUUAAAUAUUAGAGCUCAUGGAGAAUGUGUAAGUUUUAUAAAAAGCUUUGGUAUUCCAAUGUUGGUACUUGGUGGUGGUGGAUAUACUCCAAGAAAUGUAAGUAGAUUAUGGUGUUAUGAAACUUCAAUAUUAAAUGAUGUGACUCUAGAUCAUAAAAUUCCAAAUUAUUUACCGAGCUAUAACUGGUUUGGUCCUGAUUAUUCAUUACAUCCACAAUUGGAAGGUAGGAUAGAUAACAAAAAUCUGAAAAAGUAUUUAGAAAGUGUUAAACAAGAGAUAAUGGAACAAAUAAGGUAUUUAAAUCAUUCUCCAAGUGUUCAAAUGUAUGAUAUACCACCUGAUAUAACUGGUUUAACUGAUGAAGAAGAUGAAAUUAUAAAUGAAUUAAAUAUGGAAUUUGAGAAAGAUAGAGAUGAAAAGAUGAUGAGGGAUGAUUUAAGAAAUUCUGAGUUGAUGGUUUGA